CAUGAAGGAUGUUGAUUGAAUUUUGGCAGUACAGUUUUGGGAUUAUUUUGAUUAUUUACUCUGAAUAUUACAAAAUGUUACAACUAGAUAUCCCAAACUUUCUUUGGCAUGUUACGAUAAGGACAUCCGUUUUUAAUAACUGCUUAUUCUCUUUUAUGGCAUAGUACGCAAAAUAUGAUAGAUGACUUGUCAAGUUACUGUAAAUUUUACAUUUCGGUAAAACAGCACAACUCGUAUGAACAAUGUUAUCAAAAGCAAUACAAACAGACAAGAAUGAAUACAUUCGAAUUUGUGAAGCUUCAGACUUCAACUCCCACAAUCCCUUUCGCCCAGGUUCCGUUUGUAUAUCGUUCAGUCAGUGUGUCUUCCGCUUUCUGGUGCUCUGUGUGAAUACUAGGCUGCAAUGGCGGCGUGCCGGGCAUCUUCGAGAUGGUUUUUUUCCCGGGAGCAGAUCGAAGCCACACCGUCCCGCCGCUGUGGAGUAGAGGCGGAUAGGGAAUUAUCGUACAGACAACAAGCGGCUAACCUUAUUCAAGACAUGGGCCAAAGACUCAACGUUUCCCAACUCACAAUAAACACUGCAAUAGUUUACAUGCACAGAUUUUAUAUGUACCAUUCUUUCACCAGGUUUCACAGAAAUAUCACUUCACCAACAACCUUAUUCCUGGCUGCGAAGGUUGAGGAACAGCCUCGGAAACUUGAGCAUGUAAUUAAAGUUGCACAUGCCUGUCUAAACCCUCAAGAGCCCCCGCUAGACGCAAAGAAUAAUGCCUACCUCCAGCAAGCUCAAGAGCUGGUGAUACUUGAAUCCAUAGUUCUGCAGACUUUAGGGUUUGACAUAACAAUUGAGCAUCCACAUACUGAUGUUGUGAAAUGUUCCCAGCUAGUGCGAGCAAGCAAGGAUUUGGCACAGACUUCCUAUUUCAUGGCUACCAACAGCCUACACCUCACCACCUUCUGCCUGCAGUACAAGCCCACAGUCAUAGCGUGUGUGUGCAUCCAUCUGGCUUGUAAAUGGUCCAACUGGGAGAUCCCCGUCUCCACGGAUGGGAAGCACUGGUGGGAAUAUGUGGACCCCACCGUUACGCUGGAACUGCUCGAUGAACUGACGCAUGAAUUUCUACAGAUUCUGGAGAAGACCCCCAGCAGGUUAAAGCGGAUUCGAAACUGGAGGGCGACCCAAGCUGCCAAAAAGCCCAAGUCUGAAAGCCAAGCCAGCGAUGGCUCCAUCCCUGACCUCUCCUCAGCCCAGGUCCCAGGGCCCUCCCUAGUUGACAGCAUUCCUGGGGUGUCAGCUAGUGCCACCUUUCCCAAAGCCUCUGCGUCCUUUCCUGUCCCUGUGGCAUCAAGCUGUGUCAGCACUCUGUCCAUCGACAGCCUUCCUGGCAUCCAGAUCUCGUAUGACUUCAGCGAGGCUGGCAGCUGGCCCAAGGAUGCUGCUGGGCUUGAGGCCCCUCCCUUCCAGCAUGAUACCCCAAGUUUUCUACCUUCAAACUCCGCAACCCCCCAGCCAUUUCCCUCCGGUAAACCUGAACAAAAGGCGGGAGGUGGAGCACGGCACCCCCCUGGAACCCAGAGGAUGACCCUGGAUAAAUAUCGGGAGAAGCAUGCUGCGGGUCGGAAGCAGGACCCUGGCGCAGAAGCACCACUGGCUUCCUUGGACCACAGGAAGCAGCCACAUCUCCAGCCAGUUCUGACCGGUGUCCUGGAGACCUCUCCGGUAAAGGCAAAGCUGCCCCUGCCCGUGCCGGACCGUCACUUGGGGGACAAGCGGGACAAGGGCAGCCUGAAGGUGCACCUGCCCGUUCCGUCGGGCGACAAGGGUGACGUAGGACGGGAAGAGCUUAAGAUGAAGAUCAAGGUGUCCUCGGAGCGCCACAGUUCGUCAGAUGAGGGCAGCUCCCGGACAAAACAUUCCAGUCCGCUGACGAGCAAAGACAAGCACAGGGAGCACUCUGGCCAACGGCACCACAAGCAUGGCCAUCCACACGUCCACUCCCACAGUGGUAAUGGCCGGGGGGGCCCUGAAGGUACCCUCUGUAGCCCGGUAGGUGUAAGCGGUGAGGGUGUGGGCCCUGGCACCGGCCCCCACCGAAAGAGGGCCCACCCCGAGGCGGGUUCCCACAACCACCACUCCAAAACGAGCAAAAGUUCCAAAAGCUCAGGUAGUGCGUCUCUUUGUUCCUCUGUACGGCAGAUUGUGUCCUCUGAGGGCUCUGUUGUUAACCACCCCUUCCCCCCCCCUCCUCCCCCUGUCGCAUACCAGGUGGGCUACGGACAUCUCAGCACCCUAGUGAAACUGGACAGGAGUCCAGUGGUGAGCCUCGGCUCUGAGGGCACCGGCCCCGGGGCCAACGGCCUGCAAACUGACUACAAGGACACUUUCGAUAUGCUCGAUUCGCUCUUAAGUGCCCAGGGAAUGAACUCGUGAACUAAGGGGGCGUCUGCGCGCAGGAGCCGGGGUCUCGGGGUUAAGACCGGAACAGAAAGACUCGCUUUUAACCUUAAGGCCAUGUCGCUAAGCUUUCAUUAUACAGUACUUACAGCUCCACCCGCCAUGGUACGCAAGUGCUGUGGGAGGGCGGUAUAGUGUAAAUCAAUCUCCAUAUGAAUUGUAUUCUAAAUACUGCGUAGGCAGUAUCUUUGUGUAAAAGGCAGUAUUUAUUUUUUGGAAUAAUAUUUCCAGGAUUUAUGCAAGAGAAUGAGCAGCCUCAAUGCUCUGCCGAAGAGUCACACACUGCAUCUGAAAUGGGUGUUAGUCGCUUGGGUCCUUCAAUAAGUACCUUUUUUAUAUCUUUAUACUGUGUGUAUGAUUUGCAUGUUUCAAUCAGAGAUAAAAUGGGGUAAUGACUGUUUACAGAAAAAGAUAAAUGUGCAUAUGUUUUCUAUGUUAAAAUUCUAUACCCUAAAUACUCAGGUUUAGAGCUGCUUGUAAGUAACAGAAUAUAUACGUAUAUAAAAGACAAUUGUAACUUGGUGUAAGAAGUCCACAGUAGGCGUGAUUGAUCUGCAGCAUUCCAACGCUUAAGGCCUGUAAUCUGCACGUCUGCCAGAAGAGGGCGCACAAUCCAUCCAGACUUUACAGCAUGACAGGCAACAGAUUAAAGUCAUGGGGUUAUUUUGACCACCGUAGAUUAAGAUGGAUACAAAUAGAUGUGCGUAUAACUUAAGGGGACAGUAAUAGAGAGAAGAAUAAAGUUUACGUGAUCUUUGCAAAGAAAUCUUUGGAUCGGUGCAGUGUCCUGGACCCAGGGCUUUACACUCGUAGGGUUACGUCUCGUAUGGCUGAAUAGGAGGAGUGUAAUUUCCGAUCACUUUCUAAUAACUCAUUUUAAAAUUCGGUCUGUGGGUUGUAUGUGAAUUGGCUAAAUGACUGCAUGUGGGGGGUGGGAGGGGGGCGUUUCCGGCUCUCAUGCUUCGACCGCUCAAAAGCAGCAUUACAGUCAUUACAGUGGCUUGAAGAGACGAGCAGUCCGGUUUAUCCAUUUCAACUCAAAUAAACUUUAAGGUUUCCAUUACCUUAAACCUCAUGGUU